UUACCUGUUCGUGUGCCUCAAAACCAUAUCACUGUAUCAAGGAAGCAGUAUCCGAGAUUCUUGCAUCGACCUUCCCUUUUGUGUGCGUUUAGCUCCCACAAAAACCUUGGCCUCCACAAUCGAGUGGAAAAGACGAACCCUCGAGCCGGGAUGCAACGUCGUAUCUACCUCUUCAGACUUUCAAGCUUGUCCAUUCGCCAUGAACUAUCGCACGUGUCUGUUCGUCCAAGCGUUUUCCUGCAAUGACAUCUUUUUUCUGUCUACCGGCCGAAUCGCAUCUUUCCCUUUGAUUCUUCAUGCAAGAUCCCAAAGCUUGUAGAAACCAGCACGGAGUAAUUAUAUGCGACCUCGGCAGUUCUCCUCUACUAAUCUCAUGGUCGGUGCUGGUGUUUAUGUGGAGGUUUUUUUCCUCUUUGAAACUUGAGGCUCUGCUCCUUCCUUUGCUUUCUGCUCUUUUUUUUGGUGCGACGUGUGACUUGUUUGCCAUGACCUCCAAUGAUAUUGCUUUCGGAGGGUGUAGAGGGUUUCGGAAGAUGGGCUUUUGUGCCCUCUUGUGGUUUAGAUGCUGUGACUUGAAACAUAGGGUUGAGGCUCUCAAUUCGGGUAGAUGUUCAAGUGCCUUUUGGAGCGCGAGAAGAUUUUGUGUUUCGAUUUACGAGCAUCUAGACUUUUUUUUGUGCCAUGACAAGUCUAAGCUUUUUUACAAUGUAAGAAAGAAGAGAUGUCGAAAAAGGAAAAUGGUCUGUUACGAGCUACUUCGUCCGAGGAACGUGGGUUAACCUUACUUUCUGUUGCAUGGAGUGAACAGCCGUUCUUGAUUUUACUGGAGGAUGGCGGAGUAG